AUGUUCUGCCCAGGAGAAUUUAACAUUGCAGACUUACCUUCGCGAGGUUGUAGUGGAGCAGCACUGGUUAAAAACGACGAAUGGUUCCAUGGCCCUAAAUUCCUGAAGUUAUCAGAAGAAAACUGGCCGAAACCUCCUCGAUGUAAUGGAGCAGAAAGUGAAAUCGCAUUAUCGGAAACGGUGAAAUCAGUCAACAAGUCAACAACUCAUUCCCUUACAGUCUUAGAGAAGAAACAUAACACAGUUAGUGUCGGAAAGGUGGUGGAUUGUCAUCGAUAUAGUUCGAAAAUACGUUUAUUACGAGUGACGGCUUACGUAUUUAGGUUCGUGAGGAGGAUUAAAGGACAAACCGUAGUUAAAACGUUAGAACUAUCAGCAGACGAACCGAUCGAAGCCGAACAGAUAUGGAUAAAGGAUAUUCAGAACAAUAUGUUUCCCGAAGAAGUUAAACAAUUAGUUAAUCGUACCAAAACUUCCAGCUCAAGGCUUGAUCAACUACGCUUAUUUCUGGACGACAAAGGAAUGAUACGCUGUGAAGGACGAAUUGAACAUUCUUCUGUUUCUUCUGAAGCUAAGAAACCUGUACUCCUUCCCGCAAAGCAUCACGUUACACAUUUGAUUAUCCAAGAACAUCACGAUUCAGCAAACCACACUGGUAUUAAAGGAACACUGAACCGUAUUCGAGAAAGAUAUUGGAUCCUACAUGGAAGGCAAGCAGUCAAGCGAGUUCUACGUAAAUGUGUGACUUGUAAAAGAUUAGAAGGGAAGCC